GUCGAUCUGGACUGUAAAUUCGGACGUUCAGAUCGCAGCCUUCUUCCGUGACGUCACGACACGCCCCCCGGGGUCACCUUUCACCUACUCACCUUGUGGACACCAUCAAACCGGCUCUGUGUACCAUCUAAACAACUGAUAAACGCGUGUAAUAAACGACCGCGUCGGGCCACCACGGGCGCUCUUGUGUACAGUCUAAACAUCGGUUUCUUCAUGUCUGCAAUCGUACCACUGAUUAAAGUGGAGAGUAAACACGAGCGCGCAUUCAAGACCAAUGUGCGCAGCUGUGACGCGUUCCGCGCACCACGUGGGAGCCGGCCAGGCUUUACUUGGUACCACAUUAACAGUUUGUUUGGGUCAAACUCGCUAAUCUGCGAUGCAGAUGAUGUCCGCAUGUCCCGUCUUCCUCUGUAUGGGUGCCGGUGUCAUGGUGCAGGACUCAUCUCACACACUCAUGUCCAACACAGCAGUGACCAGGUGCACGUGGGUCGACAGAAGCCCAUUACAUUCACACACGCGGUGUCAUUCAGUUCUGAUCUGGCCUCCAGAUAUAGUCUAAUUCACACUUUUCUGGCUAUCAAAGGCCUGCGGCUCUUUCUGGACUCAGACGGAUGCAUCACCGUCGUCUUACUGCCCACAGUGUACCUCUACCUGCAGGGACAGACGUCAGUGAUGCUCACAGGCAUAGCUGGGUUUGCUGUCAUCAUGCUGUACUCCAUAAGCCACUAUGUCAGGCGAGUGGUUGGCAUGAUGUACCUGGAUUCAACGCAGACCGUCUUAAAGGUGUCGCACCUGUCCUUCUGGGGUCACAGACGGGACAUGUACGUGUCCGUGUCAGAUGUCAUGACUCUGGGAGAGUCUGGGGAUACCAAAGGAGAACUGAUCCUGGGUUUAAAGCGCUACAGCCGUUCUGAUACUAUAUACUUCUCUACCAGACUGGGACGAAUGGUGGACAAAAAUGCCUUUGAGAAGGUUUUCGGGAGUCUGUCGUGAAUUAACUUUCUCCUGUUUUUUUGUCAUACGCCGCUGGAUAUUGUUUUGUCAUUUAAAAGUGACAAAUAAAGAUUUGAUAUCUUAAAGUUUAUGUAACAUUCAUGAAAAAUGAGAAUGGUGUAGAGAUCACGUUAUUAUGUAUUUUUGUAGGCCAACCUGGAAGUGCAUCACUGUGGUUCCUUCACAAAAAAAACCUAGCAUUGUUUUUCCAUCUGCUUUUGGGUUGCUGCAGAAAAUAAGCUCUGUGACCAAUAAAAGUUAACUGUUUCUUGUUAUAAUUUUAAACAGUAACAUUUUAACACUUGAAAACAUUGGUUAGAAGUUUAGAAACGUAAUCAGAUGUUAUCAGUUACAUUACUUUAAUAAAUUAAUUGAAACAGUUACAAGACUUAUUACAUUUAACAUUCAAGAAACCGAUUUCUUAAACUAUAAUUAUAACUGCUUUGA